AGGAAAAAGCCCAGCGCGAGACCGCGCGCGCGUUCGAAAAGAAAAAAAGUCCUCCCCGCGGGGCCCGCAGCAAAUUAGGCCGGAGUUGGCCAGCGAGCGCGCGUGCGCGAGCGCGCAUAGACGCCCUCCUUCGCCGCUCCGCUUCGUUGGGGGUCUAGCGCACUGCUCUGCUGUCCCCGACUCUUCCCAGGCUCGCGCCCUCGGGCGGGAAAAGGAUUUUAACUGCACAUCAAACCCAGUACUCCACGGCUGUUUCUGCUCUGGCUGCGGCUAACGUUGGUAUGUUAGCCAAAAUGAAAUGAAGACAGCUAAAGAAAAGUGCAGAGUGGGUCAAGGCCGUCGAAUGAACAGGUGUUUUCCUGAGUCACUCUUUCGAAGACAGGUUGGGGGUGAGCAUAAUGAAAGCUUCUCUAAGUGAAGAAUAAUUGAACCUCGUCAUUAAUAGAUGCACAGACUUUGAUUUUGACAUCGACUCUUCUGGGACCCUCAAGGGACACUAGAGUCCAGAACGUACUAAGGCAUGGCAGGGAAGACACCCCUGCAGCCAGCUGGCCCUCACCCCCAUCUGCUGCUCGAUCUGCCCUGCUGAGCCACUCAGACUGAAGCCCCUGGGACAGCACCUGCCUCCCGAGAUUGUCCUGGCUCGGUUGUCCACAGCGAUGGUGGAGAACUGGACUCCACAGACUCACAACCUUCCCGUCAGACUUCAAGGGCCAGCAUCCUUCAUCCUGGGACUGGCAGCCCUGAACAAUGGCUGAGGGCCAGGGGACCCCAUAAAGUUUCUGCACAGCUUACGGGGGCCAGUAGCACUCCAGUGCCUGGGGACUAUGACCACCUAUCGGCCCAUCCCCAGUGAUGGUGUGGACCUGGCAGCCAGCUGUGGGGCCAGGGCGGCCGAUGUCCUCCCUGGGCCGCAUACGGGGGACUAUGCUCCCAUGGGAUUCUGGGUCCAGAACGGAGGCAUGCCCCAGCCCGUUGGUGAGAGCCCUGCCACCGCCACUACCCGCCCCAGUCCCAGCACCCCCGCAGUGCCCAAGAUGGGCGUGCGCGCAAGGGUGGCCGACUGGCCGCCCAAGAGGGAGGCCCUGAGGGAGCAGAGCAACCCAAGCCCAUCACAGGACACAGAUGGCACGAAGGCCACAAAGACUGCCCAUUCCAUGAGGAGCGUACAGAACGGACAGCCCCCCGCCAGCACCCCAGCUUCCUCAGGGUCCAGAGCCUUUCACCGACUCUCCAGGAGAAGGUCCAAGGAUGUGGAGUUCCAGGACGGGUGGCCCCGGUCCCCCGGCAGGGCCUUCCUCCCCCUGCGGCACCGCAGCAGCAGCGAGAUCACCCUCAGCGAGUGUGACGUGGAGGACGUGGGGGAGCCCCGGGCGGCGCGGCUCACGGGGGCACUGCCCCUCUUCCGCGAGUACGGGAGCACGUCCUCCAUCGACGUGCAGGGUGUGCCUGAGCAGAGCUUCUUCGACAUCCUCAACGGGCUCCGCAGCGAGCAGCCUGAGGCCCGCGGUUCCCAGAGCCUCAGCCAACUCCUCCAGGACGAUCAUGGCCCGAACCUCACGGUGGGCAACAAUGGGGCCAAGGGCGACCCCCAUAACGGGCAGCCCACCAGGGACAGCAUACUCCCACUGCAGCCGGGGAAGGAGAAGGAGCGGGCCCGCAAGAAGCCUGUGCGGGGCCCGGGCAGUGGGGACGCAGUGGACUCGUCCAUCUUCCGGAAGCUGAGGAGCAAUAAACCCGAGGGUGACAUGGGCCGGUCCCCGGGGGAGGCAGAGGAGGGGCGGGGCCCACCGGAGGCCAGCAGGCCGUGGGUCUGCCAGAAGAGCUUCGCUCACUUUGACGUGCAGAGCAUGCUGUUCGACCUCCACGAGGCGGCCGCCAACAGGGUGUCCAUGGCCCAGCGGCGGAACACCACCACGGGGGCCUCGGCCGCCUCGGCCAUGGCGUCCCUCACGGCGUCGCGGGCACAUGGCCUCGGGGGCCUGGACCCAGCCUUCACCAGCACAGAGGACCUGAACUGCAAGGAGAACCUGGAGCAGGACCUGGGCGAUGACAACAGCAACGACCUGCUGCUCAGCUGCCCACACUUCCGCAACGAGAUCGGCGGGGAAUGCGAGCGCAACGUGAGCUUCUCCCGGGCCUCAGCGGGCUCCCCAGGGGGCACCGAGGGCCGCCUGGCCGAGCCCACCCUCAGCGCCUACCGCACCAACGCCAGCAUCUCAGUGCUGGAGGUGCCCAAGGAGCAGCAGAGGACGCAGAGUCGGCCCCGGCACUACAGCAUCGAGCACGUGGACCUGGGCGCCCGCUACUACCAGGACUACUUCGUGGGCAAAGAGCAUGCCAAUUACUUUGGUGUGGAUGAGAAGCUGGGACCGGUGGCUGUGAGCAUCAAGCGGGAGAAGCUGGAGGACCACAAGGACCAUGGGCCUCAGUACCAAUACAGGAUCAUCUUCCGGACCCGUGAGCUCAUCACCUUGCGGGGCUCCAUCCUGGAGGAUGCCACGCCCACAGCCACGAAGCACGGGACAGGGCGGGGCCUGCCCCUGAAGGACGCCCUGGAGUACGUCAUUCCUGAGCUCAACAUCCACUGCCUUCGGCUGGCUCUCAGCACUCCCAAGGUGACGGAGCAGCUACUGAAGCUCGACGAGCAAGGGCUCUGCCGGAAACACAAAGUGGGGAUCCUCUACUGCAAGGCUGGCCAGAGCUCGGAGGAGGAGAUGUACAACAACGAGGAGGCCGGCCCCGCCUUCGACGAGUUCCUCUCCCUGAUCGGGGAGAAGGUCUGCCUGAAGGGCUUCACCAAGUACGCCGCCCAGCUGGACGUCAAGACGGACUCCACAGGAACCCAUUCCCUCUAGGACUAUGAGAUCAUGUUCCACGUCUCCACCCUGCUCCCUUACACCCCCAACAACAGGCAGCAGCUGCUAAGGAAGAGGCACAUCGGAAAUGACAUCGUGACGAUCAUCUUCCAGGAGCCGGGGGCGCUGCCUUUCACCCCCAAGAACAUUCGCUCACACUUUCAGCACGUCUUCAUCAUUGUCCGAGCUCACAACCCCUGCACCGAUAAUGUCUGCUACAGCAUGGCUGUGACCCGAUCCAAAGACGCCCCUCCUUUCGGACCCCCUGUCCCCAGUGGAACCACAUUCCGCAAAUCUGAUGUCUUCAGAGACUUCUUGCUGGCCAAGGUGAUAAAUGCGGAGAAUGCCGCGCACAAGUCCGACAAGUUCCACACCAUGGCCACCAGGACCCGCCAGGAGUACCUGAAGGACCUGGCCGAAAACUGUGUCUCCAACACACCGAUUGACUCCACGGGCAAAUUCAACCUCAUCUCGCUGACCUCCAAGAAGAAGGAGAAGACAAAAGCCCGGGCGGGCGCGGAGCAGCACAGUGCGGGGGCCAUCGCCUGGAGGGUGGCAGCGCAGGACUACGGCCAGGGCGUGGAGAUCGACUGCAUUUUGGGGAUUUCCAACGAGUUUGUGGUGCUCCUGGACCUCCGCACCAAGGGGGUGGUAUUCAACUGCUACUGUGGAGAUGUCAUCGGCUGGACCCCAGAUUCCUCAACGCUCAAACUCUUCUACGGGCGAGGGGACCACAUCUUCCUGCGGGCCACGGGGGGCUCAGAGGACGUAAGGGACAUUGUCCAGAGACUGAAGGUAAUGACCAAUGGCUGGGAGACGGUGGACAUGACCCUGCGGCGGAACGGGCUCGGGCAGCUGGGCUUCCACGUGAAGUACGACGGGACGGUGGCCGAGGUGGAGGACUAUGGGUUUGCCUGGCAGGCCGGCCUCCGGCAAGGCAGCCGGCUGGUGGAGAUCUGCAAGGUAGCUGUGGUCACGCUGACCCACGACCAGAUGAUCGACUUGCUGCGCACGUCCGUCACCGUCAAGGUGGUCAUCAUCCCUCCCUUCGACGACGGCACUCCCCGCAGGGGGUGGCCGGAGACCUAUGGCGUGGACACCGCGGAGCCCAAGCCUGAGCCGGAGAGCUUGGCCCCUGGGGUCCGGCCCCCCUACCGCAGCAACGCGCCCUGGCAGUGGAGCGGGCCCGCAUCCCACAACUCUCUGCCAGCCUCCAAGUGGGCCGCUCCGGCCACCCCGGGCCACGCCCAGUCCCUGAGCCGGCCGCCGAAGCAGACCCCCAUGGUCCCCUUCCGGGAGUCCCAGCCCCUGCACAACAAGAGGCCUGUCAGCUUCCCAGAAACCCCUUACGCAGCAUCACCAGCAGGGGCCGACAAAGUCCCUCCCUACCGACAGCCUUCCGGGAGCUUCUCCACCCCCAGCUCCGCCACCUACGCAAGAUACAAGCCAUCCCCAGAAAGGUAUGCGGCCGCCCCACACACACUGCUGUCUUUUGAUUCCCACUUCGGCCACGAUGGGACGUCCAGCGGCGACUCCUCCUCAGGUGGCCUGACCAGCCAGGAGAGUACCAUGGAGCGCCAGAAGCCAGAGCCUCUGUGGCAUGUGCCUGCCCAGGCCCGGCUCUCGGCCCUGGCUGCAAGCAGCGGGAACAAGCACGCCUCCCGGCAGGACGCAGCAGGCAAAGACUCCCCCAACAGGCAUUCCAAAGGAGAGCCCCAGUACUCCAGUCACUCCAGCAGCAACACCCUCUCCAGCAACGCCUCCAGCAGCCACAGUGACGAUCGCUGGUUUGACCCCCUGGACCCUCUAGAGCCAGAGCAAGACCCCCUCUCCAAAGGCGGCUCCAGCGACAGCGGCAUUGACACCACGCUCUACACCUCCAGCCCCAGCUGCAUGUCGCUGGCCAAGGCACCUCGGUCCGCCAAGCCACACAAGCCCCCAGGAAAUAUUGGCCUCUGUGGGGGCGGGCGUGAGGCCGCCAGGCGACCACAUCAUGCAGACAAGCGGCGGGAGGUGUCACCCGCCCCUGCAGUUGCUGGCCAGAGCAAGGGCUACCGACCGAAGCUGUACACCUCGGGCUCCAGCACCCCUACAGGCCUGGCUGGGGGCAGCCAUGACCCACCGAGGCAGCCCAGAUGGCGGCGGUGCCCCUGGCGGCGUGGGGGCAGAGUGCAGAGGAAGGACUGCAGCCUAUGUACAGCUCCCCUGCUAUGGAGAAGCAAGAGCUUUCCCAGAACCCCCUUCAGCGAGCAGCGUCACAUGACCGUCCCAGCUGCAAGGAGGUCUGGGGCAUCACCGUUUAGCUUUCCAGCCGACGCAGUAAAGGGCAGUGGUCCCCGGACAGUCCCCUGGAGGGGGCUUUUCAACACAGAAGCUGGGCCCCACGCAGUUUCUUUUUUAUUUUUACCAUCUCCAAAAAAGCAGGUGGACACCAACACGAAAAACGUCUUUGGGCAACCGCGGCUGCGGGCGUCUCUCCGUGACCUCCGCUCCCCACGGAAAAACUACAAGUCCACCAUCGAGGACGAUCUGAAGAAGCUCAUCAUCAUGGACAACCUGGCACCAGAGCAGGAGCGAGACGCGGGCCAGUCGCCACAGAAGAGUUUGCAGCGGACGCUGUCCGACGAGAGUCUGUGCAGCGGGCGGCGGGAGCCGAGCUUCGCCAGCCCUGCCGGCCUGGAGGCGGGCCUGCCCAGCGACGUGCUCUUCACCAGCACCUGCGCCUUCCCCUCCAGCACGCUGCCCGCCCGCCGCCAGCACCAGCACCCCCACCCGCCUGGCGGUGGCCCCAGCACCAUCCCUGCCACCGCCAGCAGCUUCCCAGAGAAGAAAUCCACCAUCUCAGCCUCGGAGCUCUCGCUGGCCGAUGGGCGGGACCGGCCGCUGCGGCGCCUCGACCCCGGGAUGAUGCCACUGCCCGACACGGCUGCUGGCCUCGAGUGGUCCAGCCUGGUCAACGCAGCCAAGGCGUACGAGGUGCAAAGAGCCGUCUCGCUGUUCUCUCUCAACGACCCAGCCCUGAGCCCGGAUGUGCCACCUGCACACAGCCCUGUCCACAGCCACCUGAGCCUAGAAAGGGGGCCCCCGACCCCCAGGACCACUCCAACCAUGAGCGAGGAGCCGCCUUUGGAUCUGACAGGCAAGGUGUACCAGCUGGAAGUGAUGCUGAAGCAGCUGCACACGGACCUGCAGAAGGAGAAGCAGGACAAGGCAGUGCUGCAGUCGGAGGUGGCUAGCCUGCGGCAGAACAACCAGCGGCUGCAGGAGGAGUCCCAGGCUGCCAGUGAGCAGCUGCGCAAGUUCGCCGAGAUCUUCUGCAGGGAGAAGGAACUCUGAGGUGGGGAGGCCACCGCCCCUGCCCCUCUGCCCAGGCAGCUGGGGACUCCUGGUUGCAGGUGUGGCCAAGGCACUCCACCAGGGCCCCACCGCACCCCCGUGGACACAGAAACCUGAGGGAGGCCUCACCGGGGCUGUGAGCUGCAGUCUGCUCAUGGCCCUCGAGCCUCAGUGGGUGACAUGGUCUCAGGCCUCCCUUUGAACUGGUCAUCUCUGGUCCCUGGGGGCCAGACCCUGGCCACACCAGUCCCAGGGGCCCAUCCUGCCAGCCCCAUCUAGCCUCUUCCUAGGACCAAGCCAUCAGGAGCUGUAGGAGGGGGAGAGGGAGGGCAGGAGCAAGUCUGCUCCAGGAGUUCAGAAACCAGGCUUCCUCACCUCGGACAACAGAGUUGGGGCCUGUGGGGCCCAGCCCCCCCGCAUGAGCUGUCACAGCGUGAGAGCAGCCAGAGAGGUCAGGGCCCCUGUGGAGAUGGGAAGGCGCUCAGUCCCUGCUGCACCAGCUCCGAGAAGCACAGACAUCAUCCCCUCCCGAUCCCAUCCUUCCAAAAAGCGGCCAGGAGCACUUUCUUAGAACGUCAGUUAUUUUGGGGGGUGGAAGGGUAUCCCAGGAUGGAGAGGGGAAACCGCAGCAGCAUCCACAGUCAGCUGCUUUGAGGGGGCAGCGAUUUGCACACCGUUUAUACAGUCUUUUUCUAUCAGCUCCUCAACCACCGGAGGCCACAGCGCCUGGGCCCCUCCGCCUUCGAGCUCCCGCCCCGCCAGGCCCAGCGGCAGAGCCGCCACGGCCACCAGCCGCGGCUGACAGCCACGGCCUCUUCCAGGCACCCCGAGGGGCGCACGGAGCCCCCGGGUCAGGGCUGGAGAGAAACAGCCUUCAUCUCCGCUCCACUUUUGUUUUCCCUUUGCCCUCACGCAGUCCCCACGGAGGGGCAGACCUGGGACACCCGCGACACCCGCGCCGCACUCCCCAGGGAGCCUUUGCUGCGCAGACCGCAGGAGACGCCGGCCCUACAGCGGCGUAAGGGGCGGGGCCGGGCAGCCGCGUGGAACUGCGGUGUCCACCGAGCAGUUUCUUUUUUUCCUUUCAAAACAAACAAAAUAUAUAUAUAUAUAUAUAUUUAUUUUUUCAUGUAGAGUUGCACCAGAAGUCUGUAUGGCCUCACUGUGUGGCGUCAACCUCAAAGUGAGGACCGAGGCAUGUCCCCCGGGGGCUGGUGCUCAGCAGGACUCAGAGGGACAAAGUCAGGGUGGGCUGGCCGGUGGCCAUCUCCUCGCCCCGCCCUGGCUGCUGUGCAUGGGGCUGCAAGGCGGCCUGCUGGGCCCUCAGCCCUGGCCAACUACUGUGAUGUCUGCCCCUCCCCCCAGGCCUCCCUUUAGGACGGUUCUCCAGGACCACCCCAUCUCCCCGUUCCUCAGAACCUAACCUGGGCCUGCCCCCCCCCCUUUUUAAGUUGUCACCUCAUAUCUUCAAAUCAUUCUAAUCAUUUUGGGGACCUAAUCGUGUACAUUGACAAGUGUAAAUUAUCAUUUUUGGUUUUGUUUCCUGUUAAUUUUUAAGGAUCUCUGCAAAACAUAUUUAAUUUGAGGUUGGGGUUCUGUCUCACUGAAGAUAGCAGCAGGGUUUUUCAUAUGUCGAUUUCUUUCAUUUGGAUUUUUUAUUCUUUAUUGUCUUUUUUGUUUUCUACCCCCAUCUUGAGAUUUUCUGGCAUGUUUCUGGAGGUUUCAAAGAAAAUAAACGUUUCAUAGAAAUGG